AUGGGAGACGAUGAUAGAAAUAGACCACAAGGGGAAUCGAAAGAUCCAGAUGUUCCAAGAUAUGAUUGGGAAUCGAAUAAGAACCAAAAUCCAGUUCAUGAUGGCAAAAUUAAUUGGGAUUUUAAGAAUCCCGAUGCUGUAGAAGAAGAAAUCAAAAAGAUUGAUAGAAAUGUUAGAUUUGAUCUUAAAUCAAGAACAAGAAAAGAUAUUCCAGAACCUGAUGAGAAAUUUUACAACUUUAGAGCUUCUGAUAUAGCUGUUGGCUUCAACAACAGACCACCAACAUUUGCAAAAAGAUCUGGUGCACCAAAAGAAAGAAAAACUGCAAGAAUUAGAUUUAAUAUCGAUGGAGAAUAUUCCGAUUUACUUCUUGAAGCUACAUUCAACAUUACAGAAGGAUGUGAUGAGAUCCAUAGCUUUUUAAAGGGCGAAAUAUUUAUUCCUGAAUCAGAAUUCAAUAUCUCCAUGGUUUUCCCACCAAAACCAGUAAUCAAUUCAAAUCAACGCGAUUUGUAUACAAUGAAUAUCGUUGGAAAUGUACAACUCAAUGUUACAAUCAAAUCUAAAGCAAUUUUGAAACCAGAAUGGCGCCAGAAGUUCAAGGAAUUGUUAGAAGAAAAGGAAGCAGCGGCAAAAGCAGUUGAACCACAAGAACCUCCAAAAGAACCAUAA